GCCAGCCUAGCCUAGAGCUGAAUCUCAAUCUCAAAUCGUACAUGCAGUUGAUGCGGUGUGUCAGCCUUCCAGUCUUGUACCUUCAGUUUUGACGUGAAAUAUGGCAACCCAAGAACUUGCUAUCUUGAGUGUUUUUAAUAAGGAAGGUUUAAUAGACUUUGCUACCAAGCUUCAUCAGUUGGGUCUACAGCUCAUAGCAUCUGGAGGAACAUCUAAGGCCAUCAAGGCUGCCGGAAUUCCUGUCAAAGAUGUGAGUGAUAUAACAGGAGUAGCUGAGAUGCUUGGAGGAAGAGUCAAAACACUUCAUCCAGCUGUCCAUGGUGGUAUCUUAGCAAGAAAAACUGAGGAAGAUGCUGCUGAUCUGCUCAAGAAUAACUACCAAUACAUCAGGGUUGUUGCAUGUAACCUGUAUCCCUUUGAGCAGACCAUUGCCAAACCUGAUGUAACUGUAGCAGAUGCAGUGGAAAACAUCGAUAUUGGUGGUGUGACUCUCCUGAGGGCUGCUGCUAAGAAUCAUGCUAGAGUAACAGUUGUGUGUGAUCCCACAGACUAUUCUAACAUUAUUCAAGAGAUGAUUGACAGACCAGAUAAUGACACAACACUUGAGAUUAGAAAAGCAUUAGCAGUCAAGGCUUUCAAUCACACAGCCACCUAUGACAUGUCCAUCUCCAACUACUUCAGACAGCAGUACAGUGAAGGUCGAUCCAACCUUACCCUACGCUAUGGUACCAAUCCUCAUCAGAAACCAGCCCAACUGUCUACAUAUCUCUCGAAGCUACCAGUAGAGGUCAUUAAUGGAUCACCAGGAUUUAUUAAUCUGUGUGAUGCCUUCAAUGCUUGGCAGUUAGUCAAAGAACUCAAAGCUGCGCUUGGUCUCCCUGCUGCCUCCUCUUUUAAGCAUGUCAGUCCAGCAGGUGCUGCUGUAGGAGUUCCUUUGUCUAAUGAGGAAGCAAAGGUUUCUAUGGUGGAUGACAUGAAAGACUCACUUACUCCAUUAGCUACUGCAUAUGCUAGGGCAAGAGGUGCAGACAGGAUGUCAUCUUUUGGUGAUUUUGUUGCCCUUUCUGAUAUAUGUGAUCUGCCAACAGCUAAGAUCAUCUCUAGAGAGGUUUCUGAUGGUAUCAUUGCACCAGGAUAUGAACCUGAGGCUCUAGCUGUACUAGCUAAGAAGAAAGGAGGAAAAUACUGUGUGCUCAAGAUUGACCCCACCUAUGAACCCGAUGCCAUGGAAACCCGCACAUUGUUUGGAAUGCAGAUGACUCAACUGAGGAAUAAUGCAAAUAUCACCAAGGAAAUGUUCAAUAAUGUAGUUACAGAGGAGAAUGUGUUGAGUGAGAGCGCUCUUCGUGACCUGAUUGUUGCCACAGUAGCAGUGAAAUACAUCCAAUCUAACUCUGUCUGCUAUGCUAAGAAUGGCCAGGUUAUUGGCACAGGAGCAGGACAGCAAUCCCGUAUACAUUGCACGAGACUUGCAGGAGACAAGGCCAACAACUGGUGGCUCCGUCAUCAUCCCAACGUUCAGUCAAUGAAGUUCAAGUCUGGUGUGAAGAGAGCUGAGAUGUCUAAUGUGAUAGAUGUAUAUGUGAAUGGAACUGUAGGGGAGGAUAUGAGUCGAGAUACCUGGGAAGGAAUGUUGGAGAAUCCCCCAGCUAUGCUGACAGAGGAUGAGCGUAAGUCUUGGAUCUCCCAGCUCAAUGAAGUUGCUUUAAGCUCGGAUGCCUUCUUCCCAUUCAGAGAUAAUAUUGACAGGGCUCGCCAGAGUGGUGUGUCCUACAUUGCUAGUCCUAAAGGAGCUUUAGCAGACCAAGCUAUCAUUGAGGCAUGUAAUGAACACAAAAUAGCUCUCUCACAUACUGAUGUCAGACUUUUCCAUCAUUAGAAUUGCACAAAAUCAUUCAGAUUUCAGGAUUUAUCUGUGUUUGAAAAUCGGCUGUGAGGAUUAGUAGCUUUAACAUGAUAUUAAUCAUGUCUCUGUCAAAUUUGACUAUAUUUUUUGCUUUUUUGUGUGUUAUGCAUGUUUAAAGGACAAUCCACCCCAACAAAAAGUUGAUUUGAAUAAAUAGAGAAAAAUGUAGCAAGCAUAACA